CGGGGGAGGGGGGAACCGGGGUGGGUGUGAUGGACUGGGGACGAGGGCAGGGGGUAAUAUCUGUGGAGAAAGGGGUUCCGUUUGGAUUUCCGCUCUGCGGCAUGAGGGAGCGGCGGGGUAAGCGGCACAGGGCGGCGAGGGGACGCGACAAGGCCCGCGGCCAGGGCGCCCAAGGCCAGGCCGGGGUCCGCGGGCGGUCGCAACUGGAGCCGGGAAGCAGAGGGGUGCAGAGGCUGCGAGAAAAACUGUGGAUGCCCUGGAACGGGCUCAUCGUGAUCGGGAAGAGAAUGGAACUCCUGGGUAGAAACACGCAAAAGCCUAGGAUGUGGGACCCGAAGCUUGGGUCUGAGUCCUGGAGACUGGAAGAUGUGGAAAAGACAGUCUCGAAAGGGAAAUCAGGCCGGAGUCAGGAAAGGAUGGAUGUGAAUCUACUGCACAGUGUAGCAAGUGCAUUACAGGCUUCAGCAGGUUUGGGGAAAGGCAGCCCAAAGGAGAUACGGGGAAAGCAAGAAGUCAGACGCAAAAUAGGAGCUGAAUCAGAGACUGCAGGGACUACAGCAGGGUCUAGGAAGGGGUCUGGGUUUAAAGAGAGCUUGAGGUUUACUGGGGUAGGGACCGGUGGAGAGGACUUGAGAUCCAGAGGAUAUAAACUAAGGCAGAAUGAGGAGGAGCGGAGGUCGAGUGGAGAGAAACUGAGGUCGAGUGGAGAGAAACUGAGGUCGAGUGGGGAGAAGCUGAGGUCGAGUGGGGAGAAGCUGAGGUCGAGUGGGGAGAAGCUGAGGUCGAGUGGAGAGAAGCUGAGGUCCAGUGGAGAGAAGUUGGGGACUAGUGGAGAGGAUUUGAGAUCCACUGGAGAUAAACUGCAGUCAAGUGCAGAGAAGCUGGGAUCCAGCAGGGAGAAGCUGGGGACCAGUGGAGAGAGCUUGGAGGGUUCAAGAACAGGGAGCAUAAAUGAAGAGAAAAUUGAAAGAGUGGUAGAAGUUAGUGGUGAUGAAAGAUUGAUAGAAGUUACUGAUGCUGUGAUGGAAAUUCCUUUUGAAGGGGUGGAGGGGAAUGAUGAAGAACUAGAAGGGGCUGAGAAAGCGGUGGAAGAUGUCUUGGGGGGGGUGAAUGACAUUAUUGACGAAUCUGUUUCUAUGGAAGAGAAAGAGGUUAUAGAUGAAGAACCCGGUGAAUGAGGCAGAUGAAGGAUUGAAGCUAACGAAGGAAAGAGAAGCAGAUAGAGGAAGUAUUGCAAGUUUAAGAGGAAAAAUUAGAGCCAAGCAGAACAUUAUUGACCGUCAGGGGGUAAACACAAGAGAGGAAAGGAGAGCAUCUGAGCCUAAGAGAAGAGAGAGUGUUAAUAAAGAGCUACUGGGGAUGGAAGGGGAGACCAGGACCAAAGGAAGUGAAGAAAAGCGAUAAAGAGGGAAAUGAGAACAUUUUGAGGAGAAAGAAAAAAUUUGAUAAGGUGUUGAUAGGUAGAAGAAAAUUGGAUAUUGGUUUCUUGGAGAAGAGCUAUUACCAAGGAGCUUGUAGGGGAAUGUUUGAGAAAUGGAUCUGGGAUGGGCUAGAAGGAUUUAGUUGAACACAUGCUUGGGUUUAUGAGAUGUAGGAGAAUGCAGAGUGAGGAAAAUGGAAAAUUACAGCAGGAUAAAGGAUAGAUAAUGAAGGUUAUGGAAGAAGAUGCAGGCUGAAGCGAGGAUCCUGAAGAAGAAUGAGGGUCUCCAAAGUGACAAAAGCAAGAGAAGAGAUAAGAAAGAAGUGAAGAAAAAAAAUCUCUGCCUUCCCAAGAUCAUCCAUUCCUUGUCUCCUCUGAUGAUUCUUUGAGCGCUGAGAAAUUGUUGCCUCUCUCAUAAGAGGCCUGCACGGACACAAAGUCAAGACGGGGAGUUUUCAGUUGUGUGGGUCUCUCAGAUUGCACUGCACGGUAUAUAAAUUAUGACCCAAAUAAUCAGACUUGUUCUUUGGCUGGAUCACAUUUUCUCCCAGCAUAUCAGACGCAUUCCACUGAGGCAACAGAAAGGAAAAGUGAAGAUCAAGACACCGUGACAGAUGGCAGCCAC